CACUAGACACUCGACUUGUUCUUGAUCUCGAGAGGUAAUGACUUCUCGUGAAGCACGUCAUCGUGAUGUCUCGACGCAGUCCGACGAUACUGAGACCCAAAAGAAGGGCAUGCGAGGUUGGGUGAGGUUGAACGUCGGAGGCACUUGCUUUAUGACGAGUAAAGCCACCUUGUGCAAAGAACCGUUGUCGUUCUUGUGUCGUCUCGUACAAGAUGAUCCGGAAUUGCCGUCAGCUAAAGAUGAAAGUGGAGCUUAUUUGAUUGAUCGUGAUCCAACCUACUUUCCUCCUGUACUAAACUAUCUUCGUCAUGGCAAGUUGGUCAUCAACAAACACAUUGCGGAAGAAGGAGUCUAUGAGGAAGCAGAGUUUUAUAACAUUCCUACAUUAGCUUUGAUGGUUCAAAGGAGAAUUGAACAGCGGGAAUUAGAUCGAUGCAAGGCAAAUGUAAACCAUGUGUACAGAGUGUUGCAGUGUCAGGAAGGUGAGCUAACACAAAUGCUGUCUACUUUCACUGACGGCUGGAAAAUAGAACAAAUUGUAAGCGUUGGAUCGCAAUACAACUAUGGUGGGUCCGACCAGGCAGAAUUCUUGGUUGUCGUGUCUAGGGAUGUGAGUGAUGUACACAGGAAUGCAUCACCAACAGAACAGGCUGAUGGAAAAGCAAGGGAGCUGCUUGAUCGGGGGUCAAGAAUGUGGUAGAUACUAUUCAUUGAGACAUAUAUAUAUAUAUGUGUGUAUAUCUGUUGAUUUGAAUAAACUAAGUGUAGAUAUGUAA